AUGUCUCAAGACCAUCGUCAGUUAGAUAGUAGUCUCAUUUGCAAAGUGACAUCGCCCAUGAUUCAGUCCAACCCGUUUGUCACUAUCCCGGUCUUGCAAGGUGCGGUCCACGCAAGUUAUCACUUCAAACCCUCAUACAGAAAGGUGUGGAUGGCAAAGCAAAAGGUCAUUGCACGGAUCUACGGUGAUUGGAAAGAGUUUUAUAACAAGGUGCUGAAACUACUUCAGGCACUGCAGAGCUGUUUCCCUGACACCAUAUGUGACCUACGCGGCAAAACGUACUACGAAGGUCACCUCAUGGUGCGCGACUGCUGCAUGUUCGACAAAGUAUUUUGGACUUUCCCGUCAUGUUUCGAGGCCUUCAAGCAUUACAAGCCAUUUGUCUCUAUAGACGGCACGCAUUUGUAUGGCAAGUACGGUGGAGUAUUGCUUAUAGCGGUGGCGCAAGACGGAAACAGCAACAUACUGCCAAUUGCUUUUGCCAUUGUUGAGUCUGAGAGCACCGAGUCAUGGUCGUUCUUUCUUACUAAUUUGAGGCGCCACGUCACCCCACAAGACGGCUUGCUGGUUAUAUCGGACAGAUCUCAAGCCAUCAAGGCCGCCCUUGGAGCUGAUGAUAUUGGGUGGCAUCCCCCUAGGGCCUUCCAUGCUUACUGUAUCAGACAUAUGGCUGCGAAUUUCAUGAGCCGAUUCAAGUCAGCCAAGAACAAGUGA